AUGUCUCUUGUGAGCCGUAAUCUGUCUCACUAUGGCCGUGCUUCCUAUUCAGCCAACCGACUGCUGGACGCUUCUCAAAGACAGUCCUCUCAGCCGACAACCGUCUCCUCAAGGCGGUACCUAUUCUCCGAAGAAGUACUUGGUGUAGAUCGUUUUCUGGAUGUUCGAACAAAGAUUAACUCUCAGUUUGGAAAGCAUAAAGAAAAGUUCUACGAUCGUUUUGAAGAACAUUUAAAGGGCGAAAAAAGCUCCAUUUUAUCUGAAGAUUUGAAGAACUUGAUCUUUCUUUGUGAUAAGGCACCAAAAGAAGUUGAUUUGCUGAAACAAGCCAUUGCUAUAUUUGAAAAGCAAAAUGAAUCGCUUCGUUUUGGCAAUUUUCAGUUUGGACCAAUCGUGAUGCGGAUGGCCUAUCACCUGAAUUUACCCGAGUUUGCAAUGAUGCUCAUGGAAAAAGAAUACAUUAACUUUUUCUCUCAACUAAGCUCAGUAACAAUCGCUCUCGACUUGCUUUUCAAAAAUGAACGAUACGAGGACGUUGUCAAGGUGUUCAACUUUGUCACAGAAAACUAUAAGUUUGAUACGAAGUACCCUUCUGAUUUCGUCACCCUCUACUUGGCUUCUUGUUACAAAAUUAACACACUUGAAGCGUUUGAUCAAUCCUAUCGCCUGCUUCGAUCGGUCAAAGCAUCCACUAACGUGGUGAAGAGCCGUGGAAUGGGCAGUUUUCUUGCACUGGCUGUUAAUCAAAAGCAGCCCAACAUUGCGCUGGAAAUCAUUCAAACGCUCAGCGUCAAGUCUUACUCGACAAUUAUUCAAAGCAUUCGGGUGCAAGCUUUCGCGGAGAUUGAAAGAUUUCACGAUGCUUUUGACAUUUUGCGAUAUCAACUAAAGAAAGACAAGGCAGUUACUCGAUACAAAGCUGUCCACCAAGAAACGCUGAACAAAAUCGAAAAACUUAUAAGUGAAAGCAGCAAAAAGGACCUUCUUCCAGAGUUUCAGCUUUUGGUGAAGAACCUGAGCGAAAGCAAUCUCGUGGAGACGGAGAAGACACUGGAGCAGGCCAUACUGCUGCCAAUUGAAGUAGUGUCACCGAAGAGCGGUCAGCGGAAACAGUCUCAGCAGCAGCAGAAGCAGAUUCAACCGAUCCAGCGCACCAAGCAGUCUGCAAAGGUGGCGGCUAAUUGA